AUGCCGCAAGUUACUCACGGGAACGACGGAGAAACCUUUUUCGGCCUCCCCUCGGCAUGGAGGCAGGCCAUGGAAUUUUCCCAGCAUGGUAUGCCAGGCCGAUUCGAGAGCGAGGUCGCUGAUAUGGUGGUCUUUGGAGAAAUACCGAAGGAGAUCAAUGGCACCUUCUACCGUAUGAUGAUCGAUCCUCUAUACCCCUUGAUGCCCAAUAAUCCCGCUAUUGAGGGUGAUGGCAAUAUCUGUGCGCUGCGUAUUCAAGAUGGCCGUGUCGACAUGAAGAAUAAAUAUGUCGAAACAGAGCGCCUCAAAUUAGAACGGCAGGCCAAGAAAAGACUCUUUGGUCUCUACCGAAAUCCCUUUACACACCAUCCCUGCGUACGCGCAGCCAUUGAAUCUACAGCAAACACAAAUGUGAUUUACUGGGCUGGGCGACUUCUUGCUCUUAAGGAAGUGGCCCAACCAUAUGAGAUUCACCCCGAUACACUCCAUACUCUCGGAUUCGACCCCUUUGUCUUUCCGGGGAAAACAUUUUCUGCUCAUCCAAAAGUCGAUCCAUUCACCAAUGAGCUGGUCUGCUUCGGCUAUGAAGCAAAGGGCUUAGCUACAAAGGAUAUUGUAAUCUACUCGCUCGAUCAAAUUGGAAACAUCAAAGACGAGCAGUGGAUCGAAGCGCCUUGGUGUGCGUUUAUCCAUGACUGUGCCAUAACCGCUAAUUACAUUAUUCUUGUUCUGUGGCCAUUUGAGGCCCACCUGGAUAGAAUUGAGUCUGGCGGUCAACACUGGCUCUUCAGCUAUGAUCGUCCUGCGACAUUCAUUGUAGUGCCAAGAAGGCCUGGCGCUCUGCCAUCGGGUUGGAGCAAGGGCGAGUCACGGGUCUAUCACUGGGAAAACUCUGUUGCCAUACAUACCGCUGGGUCUUGGGAAGAUGAGGAUGGGAAACUCUACUUUGAAAGCUCUCGUGUUUUCUACAACACCCUUCCCUGGUUUGAGCCCCCAGGAGAGCCCGACAUGAAAGAUCUGAAAGCCGAUUAUGUUCGCUGGGAGAUCGACAUCAACCAGCCAACGGGGACAAAGGUGAAAGAUCCUCAAGUUAUACUUGAUCUCCCGAGCGAGUUUGCGCGCAUUGAUGAAAGGUUUCUCACGCGUACGUACGACCGCAUGUUCGUGCCAGUCUUGCUACCCCAUCGGCCAAAUACUGCACCGCCAGUUGUACCGCUAUGCCUCAAUGGUUAUGUCAUGCUUGAGAAAGGCAUUGACCGACGUACCUUCUUUGAUCCAGGGCCUCAUGCCGCCGCCGAAGAACCAAUCUUUAUACCUCGUUCUGAGAGUGCUACAGAAGGAGAUGGGUGGGUGUUGGCCAUGGUGCAGAGAACGGACGUCAACCGUAGCGACCUGAUCGUGUUGGAUACUAGACACUUUGAGAAGCCCGUCGCUGUUAUCCAACUGCCAUUCCGGACUAAGAACCAGAUUCACGGCAACUGGGUAGACAGUAAAGAGCGCCAUGGGCAGAUACUACCAUUGGUUAGAUAA